CGAUUGUUAGCAAGCGGACACUUGGAACAACUAGACCGGCUUUACAAAGAACAGGAGCAUGGCAUUAAACCUCUGAUGAUUGCAAUCGAAUACGGACAACGGGAGAUAGCACAUGACUUGGCAUGCAUCAUGCCUCCUAAUACUCUCGCUGCAACUGACUGUGAUAAUAAUAGGAAUGUUCAUCAUUAUAUGGCUGCGUUUGGGCGGCCAUGGGAUGAUGUCUGGCGAAAGAUUUCUCGAGAAAGUCCAAUGAAUUUGCAUCAGAAGGACGUCAUUCAAAUGACUCCAUUGGAUUUGGUAAUUAGGAAUCGAGAGCAAAGCAGGGGAAACCGGAGCUUGUUUGAAUCGGUUAUAAAGAAAGGCGAUAUGACAGACGAAGUCAACAACUAUGCCAAAAAAGGAGAUCUAGAAAAUCUUAAAAAGCUUUACAGAAGCGGAUGUCCUAUGGAGACACAAAGCAAAACUGGAAAAACUUCUGUUAUGUUAGCAAUAUUUUAUAACAAAGAAAGCACUGCAUUGUUCUUAACGAAGGUGACAUCUGUUUAUUACUUAGGACUAAAAGACGACAACAAAUGGAACGCUCUUCACUACAUUGCAUUCUAUGGGCGUCUUUGGAUCGAGAUCUGGCAGAUGUUUUGUCAAAAACAUCCAGUCCUGCCGUACGAAGAGAACGAUGUCAAAUUUACCCCAAUGGAAUUGGUGGCCAAGAACAUAAAUAAAAGCAGUGAACACAAGCGCUUAUACGAGUACGUCAAAAACAAAGAGCUUCCAGCUUUCGUCAAGGAUUUAGACGAAGCAGACAUAUCAGACUAUGUAUGUGGAUUGGCCGAACACGCAGAGCUAACAAGAAACAUCAAAAUUAUGUUCAUUGGACAUCAUAUGGUCGGGAAAACUUGUCUAGUGAAACAGCUUUUCGGAGAAAAUAUAGAUUUGCAUAACCAUCACUCGACCAAUGUUGCGGAGCUUCAUCUUCGAAGACUUUUGCUGGACAUGUUGACACUGGAGAGAAUAUCGGGUACCGCAGCGAAGGACAUUGUGCUUGAACGACUCCGUAUGAUUAUCAGUAAAAUCGAAGACGGUAAUGGAAAGAUUGAACAAGAACCCAAAUUUGCAAAUGAAAGUGAUGAAACAGAAGUCACGACAUUGCCUGCUCAUAGUGAUGGAAAUCUUCAAAGUAUCAAUGUUGAGGAAUUCAACCAAGACGCAGAAAGUGAAUCAACAGGUGACAUUUUUGAGAAGUUCGCUCAAGGCACAGAAAGUCAAAAUACAGACGCCGAUGACUCACAUGCUACAUUGUUUUUGGAACAUGAAGUAGAAAUCCCCCAGGCAACGACCGAAGUACAGCCUGAAAUUCUUACACCAAAACAGAAAGAAGUCAUGAAUUUGGUGCUGCAUCAGGAGGCCAAUGACCAGUACAAGUCAAAGGCGUUCGUCACAAUGUAUGACUUCGGGGGAGAAGACAUCUUCUAUAAUACGCAUCACUCCCUUAUGACAAGUGACAGCAUCUUUCUACUGGUGUUCAACGCUGCGAUGUGUCUCAAUGAAAAAGAGGAAGGUUUAGGAAGUAUAGUGAAGUGGUUACAGUCGGUAGCGACAUACGCAGUGGAUGUCGAGGACAGCAGAAAGGGAAUACCGCCUGUGUUGUUGAUCGGUUCCCAUAUGGAUCUUGUAGACGGACCGGAGAAACAAAAAAGAGAGAAAUUAGAAAUCAUCUUAGACAAACUGAAAUCCGUCCCUGGCCUAAAGGAAGUAAUAGAAAGGCAUAUCAAAGGACUUUUUCCUAUCUCACACUUAAACGACAGCAGCAGAAAUAAAGAUGUCUUCCUGAAAAUGUGGAAAACAAUAGCAGAUAUUGCGCCACUACAAUCACAAUGGAAGAAACGAAUUCCAGGCAAAUGGAUUGCCCUCGAAUUCGAGUUACUACAAAAGAAGGAGUUGGGAGUGAAAGUCAUGACCAUUGAAGAGUUGAUGGAGUUGAACAAAGAGUUGGCGCUGCCACUAGAUGGCGUUGGAAGCUUGAAGCUAUUUUUGAGGUAUCUCCAUCUGACUGGGUUCAUGCUCUGUUUUGAUCUGGAAAGUGAAAAUCCCAUCAUUGUUUUGGACCCUCAGUGGGUGAUUGACGCCUUCAAAUGCUUGAUAACUGCUAUUAAGUUUGUUUGUGGACUAACCUAUGAGGAAAGAACACUUUGGAAACAGUUUGAAGAGACCGGACGGCUGCCGGUUGAGGUCUUAAAAAUGCUGUGGGGAAAACACCCUGAAAGCAAAUUCCUGGAUCAAAUGCAUGUUCUAGUAGCUGUCAUGGAGAGAUUGGGACUUCUGGUGAAGCCGCUGCCGAAUGAAAAAGAUGAAAAAGUGAACUACUACGUUGUCCCAAGCAUGUUGAAGACAGCUGGAGAUACGGAGACAGAGAUGAUGACACAGAUUUUGUUCGAAUCCACAACAGCAAAAUCGUGCACAUUGUGUGUUCAAUUUCAAAAACGGUUCAUUCCACGCGCCAUCUGGGAUAAAUUCAUCGCAGCCUGUAUCCACAGAUUCCAGCCUUUUGAGGUUCCUGGCAAGCCACGUUUUAGUCACUGUCACAGAGGUUUUGUCGCCUUAGCCAUUGAUCCAUUCUGGAAUAUAUUGAUACACUGUAGUGGCAAUGUGAUGAAGCUCACUCUUUUCAAGAUGAAGGAUGAUAGUCCAGUUGUACCGGGAACAGGCCAUGCUAUCCGGGUCGUGUUAGCUGAGGUCCUCCAACAGAUACUGACCAUGAACCAGCAAGGCCAUCUGGAGUUCGACUACUACCUACACUGUCACCCGAUAGUGAGGCCACGUGACGAGGCAGUAGAGGCGAAACUACUUCUUCAGACUUCACCACUGACAUGUGUACAAAUAGAUGCCGGUGUCCAGAAAACGGAACCCAUACACAGACAACACUAUGAUGUCUGGUUUCAGUCCCUUGAAGAGAAUCCUGCUCAGCAUAUACCUGGUGUGGAUUUACUCAGACGUCCGACCUACAGAGAGCUAGGCCGUAUCGCGAAGUUCAUCUACGAAGCUCAUCAUAUGUUCUUCAUAGAACUUGGACUUCGGGACGCCGAGAUCAGCCAGAUCCGACAAACUUGUGGUCAUCUGUCCUUCCGGACACAGGUGACCGAGAUCUUCCUCUCGUGGAGAAAUACCCGUCCAGAUGCUAGCUACAGCAGAUUGUCAUGGCUAAGCUGGCUUCAUCUUCGAAGACUUUUGCUGGACAUGUUGACACUGGAGAGAAUAUCGGGUACCGCAGCGAAGGACAUUGUGCUUGAACGACUCCGUAUGAUUAUCAGUAAAAUCGAAGACGGUAAUGGAAAGAUUGAACAAGAACCCAAAUUUGCAAAUGAAAGUGAUGAAACAGAAGUCACGACAUUGCCUGCUCAUAGUGAUGGAAAUCUUCAAAGUAUCAAUGUUGAGGAAUUCAACCAAGACGCAGAAAGUGAAUCAACAGGUGACAUUUUUGAGAAGUUCGCUCAAGGCACAGAAAGUCAAAAUACAGACGCCGAUGACUCACAUGCUACAUUGUUUUUGGAACAUGAAGUAGAAAUCCCCCAGGCAACGACCGAAGUACAGCCUGAAAUUCUUACACCAAAACAGAAAGAAGUCAUGAAUUUGGUGCUGCAUCAGGAGGCCAAUGACCAGUACAAGUCAAAGGCGUUCGUCACAAUGUAUGACUUCGGGGGAGAAGACAUCUUCUAUAAUACGCAUCACUCCCUUAUGACAAGUGACAGCAUCUUUCUACUGGUGUUCAACGCUGCGAUGUGUCUCAAUGAAAAAGAGGAAGGUUUAGGAAGUAUAGUGAAGUGGUUACAGUCGGUAGCGACAUACGCAGUGGAUGUCGAGGACAGCAGAAAGGGAAUACCGCCUGUGUUGUUGAUCGGUUCCCAUAUGGAUCUUGUAGACGGACCGGAAUAG